AUGUCCAAGUACGCGCCCGUGUCUCACGUCAUUUUCGACAUGGACGGUUUGCUUUUAGGCGAGUACCUACCUAAAUGUAUAACUCCAAGCAUUUCGCGUGCAUCUGACUUCGUGUUUAUCAUGGGCUUUCCGUGUUGCAAUCAAAUGUUUAAACUAUUUUCGUUUGUGUUUUAGAUACGGAAAAAGUGUACUUGGCGAGCAUUACCGAAGUGUUGAAAAACCACGGUAAAGAUUACCCGGCCGACUUGCGCGUCAGAGUAAUGGGCACAAUACCAAUCAAUACGGCCACGAUCAUAAUAAACGAAUUGGAAAUGGACAUGGAUCCCGUCGAUCUUCUAGCCGAAUUUCACGAAAAACAAAUUGUCAAAAUGGAGAACAUUCCUUUUUUGCCAGGUUUGAAUUAAUUAGAUUUUCAACGGAUGCAUAUUCGCCCUGUUCCAUUCAGAUUCAAGUAGGGGUACCUAAACACUGUUUACAGGAGCUGAAAGGUUAAUAGAUCAUCUACAUACUAACAAUGUGCCAAUAGCAGUAGCUACCAGCAGUGGAAAAGAUACCUUCAAAGUUAAAACAGCAAAUUAUCAACAUGUUUUUUCAAAAUUCCAUCACAUUGUACUAGGUAGUGCAGAUUCAGAAGUGAAACGGGGUAAACCAGCUCCAGAUAUAUUCCUGGUUUGUGCCUCACGGUUUGAUGAUAAACCUUUACCGGAAAAUGUAUGUACUUCUGUAUUAGGCCUAUUGAGAUAUUACUAUGACUGUGAGGUAUAAUGUAUGUAUUUUAUUGUGUGUUUCAGUGUUUGGUAUUUGAAGACGCUCCGAAUGGUGUUACUGGUGCAAGAGAUGCCGGAAUGCAAACUGUUAUGGUACCAGACAAAAUAAUUCCUGUUGAGAAAACUACUCAUGCUACUCAAGUGUUAUCUUCAUUGUUGGACUUUAAACCUGAAGAUUUUGGACUACCUCCAUUUCCAUAA